AUGAGGCCUGAGAAUGUUAUGGAUGAAGAAGUGCAUACAAACGGGGAAAAGAGAGAAAAGAGCAAAGGGAAAGAAAAACCUGAAACUGUUCCUUAUCACAGGCUGUUCUCAUUUGCAGACUCCAUUGACAUGCUGUUGAUGAUUGUUGGCACCAUUGGGGCCAUUGGAAAUGGUGUGAGUUUGCCUCUCAUGUCAUUGCUGUUUGGCCAAAUGAUUAAUAGCUUCGGAAAUAACCAGUUUAGCCCAGACAUUGUCAAGCAAGUUUCCAAGGUCUCUCUUAAAUUCGUAUAUUUGGGAAUAGGCAGUGCUGUGGCUGCAUUCCUCCAGGUGGCUUGCUGGAUGGUCACAGGGGAGAGACAGGCAGCAAGAAUAAGAGGCUUGUAUUUGAAAACUAUACUGAGACAAAAUAUUACUUUCUUUGAUAAGGAAACUAACACUGGAGAGGUGAUAGGGCGAAUGUCAGGUGACACUGUUCUCAUACAAGAUGCCAUGGGAGAGAAGGUAGGGAAAUUUCUGCAGCUAGUAGCAACAUUCUUUGGUGGCUAUGUGAUAGCUUUUAUCAAAGGGUGGCUUCUUACUCUUGUCAUGUUGUCCACUCUUCCACCUCUUGUCGCUUCUGGCGCUGCUAUGGUCUUUACCAUUGGAAGGACGGCAUCCAGAGGUCAAACCGCGUACGCUAAAGCUGCACAUGUAGUUGAACAAGCAAUUGGCUCAAUAAGAACUGUCGCAUCCUUUACUGGGGAAAAGAAAGCAGUAUCUAGUUACAGAAAAUUUCUUGUAGAUGCUUACAAAUCAGGAGUUCGUGAAGGUUUUGUAGCCGGAAUCGGUCUUGGCAUGGCUAUGUUAUUUAUUUUCUGUGGUUAUGCUUUGGCUGUAUGGUUUGGAGCAAAGAUGAUAAUGGAAAAAGGGUAUGAUGGGGGUGCGGUGAGCACUGUGAUUGUUGCUGUGUUAACAGCUUCCAUGUCACUCGGCCAGGCAUCUCCUUGCAUGAGUGCUUUUGCUGCGGGCCAAGCUGCAGCUUAUAAAAUGUUUCAGACAAUUGAGAGAAAGCCAGAGAUAGAUGCCUAUGACCCAAAUGGAAAAAUAUUGAAGGAUAUCCAUGGUGAAAUAGAUUUAAGGGAUGUUUAUUUCAGUUAUCCAGCCAGACCUGAGGAGUUGAUUUUCAACGGAUUCUCUCUUCAUAUAUCUAGCGGCACCACUGCAGCUUUAGUAGGACAAAGUGGAAGUGGAAAAUCUACAGCUAUCAGUUUAAUAGAAAGAUUUUACGAUCCACAGGCAGGUGAAGUUCUUAUUGAUGGUAUUAACGUGAAAGAAUUUCAGCUUAGAUGGAUCAGAGGAAAAAUUGGCCUCGUUAGCCAGGAGCCCGUGUUGUUUGCAUCUAGCAUUAAGGAUAACAUUGAAUAUGGGAAGGAGGGAGCAACAAUUGAAGAGAUAAGAGCUGCAGCUGAACUUGCAAAUGCUGCUAAGUUCAUUGAUAAACUGCCACAGGGAUUGGACACAAUGGUUGGUGAGCAUGGAACUCAGCUAUCUGGUGGACAAAAGCAGCGCGUUGCCAUUGCAAGAGCAAUCCUGAAAGAUCCAAGAAUUCUACUUCUAGAUGAAGCUACAAGUGCACUUGAUGCAGAGUCUGAAAGGAUAGUGCAAGAGGCUCUAGACAGGAUCAUGGUCGACAGAACCACUGUUGUUGUUGCACAUCGCCUGAGCACAGUGAGGAAUGCUGAUAUGAUUGCUGUAAUUCAUAGAGGGAAAAUGGUUGAGAAAGGAACACACAUAGAAUUACUCAAGGAUCCCGAGGGAGCUUACUCUAAUCUUAUACGUUUACAAGAAGUGAACAAGGAAUCAGAAGAAACUGCAGAUAAUCAAAACAAGAGUGAACUUUCUUCAGAAUCCUUUAAACGAUUGAGUCAAAGAAGGUCACUUCGAAGAUCAGGAUCAUCUGUGGGGAAUAGUAGCCGCCACUCAUUUUCAGCUUCAUUUGGUUUACCUGCAGGAAUUAACGUCCCUGAUCCUGAACUUGGAAAUUCACAGCCCAAAGAACAAUCACCACCAGAGGUUUCACUCUGGCGCCUUGCUUCCAUCAACAAGCCAGAGAUUCCAGUGCUUCUGAUUGGAUGUGUAGCAGCUAUAGUAAAUGGUACCAUACUUCCAAUAUAUGGCGUGUUGCUUUCCAGUGUCAUCAAAACAUUAUAUGAACCAUUUCCUGAGAUGAAAAAGGAUUCCAAGUUUUGGGCACUAAUGUUUAUGACCCUUGGACUUGCAUCCUUAGUGGCAAUUACAGCCCGAGGUUACUUUUUCUCUGUGGCUGGCAGUAAGUUAAUCCAACGUAUCAGGCUAAUUUGUUUUGAGAAGGUGAUCAACAUGGAGGUUGGUUGGUUUGAUGAGCCUGAACACUCAAGUGGUGCAAUUGGUGCAAGGCUCUCAGCAGAUGCUGCAUCUGUGCGUGCCCUUGUUGGUGAUGCACUGGGACUAUUGGUUCAAAAUAUAGCAACAGCAUUGGCAGGUUUGAUCAUUGCUUUCAUUGCAAGCUGGCAGUUGUCGUUUAUUAUUCUUGUCUUGCUUCCCCUCACUGGAAUAAGUGGAUAUUUUCAAAUGAAGUUCUUGGCGGGAUUCAGUGCAGAUGCAAAGAUGAUGUAUGAGGAAGCUAGCCAAGUUGCUAAUGAUGCAGUUGGAAGCAUAAGAACAGUAGCUUCUUUCUGUGCUGAAGAGAAAGUUAUGGAACUAUACAGGAAGAAAUGUGAAGGUCCCAUGAAAACUGGGAUACGACAAGGCUUGAUCAGUGGAACAGGAUUUGGGGUUGCAUUUUUCUUACUCUUUAAUAUCUAUGCUACCAAUUUCUAUGCAGGAGCAAGAUUUGUGGAAGCUGGCAAGGCAUCAUUCUCAGAUGUUUUCCGGGUUUUCUUUGCUUUAACUAUGGCAGCUGUUGGAAUUUCCCAAUCAAGCUCCUUAGCUCCUGAUUCUAGCAAAGCCAAGACAGCCACUGCUUCCAUAUUUGAAAUAAUCGAUAGGAAGUCAGAGAUAGAUCCCAAUGAUGAGUCUGGUAGCACACUGGAUAGCGUGAAGGGAGAAAUAGAGCUUCUUAAUGUAAGGUUUAAGUAUCCAUCUAGGCCAGAUAUACAAAUUUUUCGAGACCUUAGCUUGACUAUCCAUUCUGGCAAGACUGUGGCCCUUGUUGGUGAAAGUGGAAGUGGGAAAUCCACAGUGAUUGCCUUGUUACAGAGAUUUUAUGAUCCUGAUUCUGGUCAAAUUACACUUGAUGGGAUAGAAAUUCAGAAGUUACAACUCAAGUGGUUAAGGCAGCAGAUGGGCCUUGUAAGCCAAGAGCCAGUCCUGUUCAAUGACACUAUCCGUGCCAAUAUUGCCUAUGGAAAGGAAGGCAAUGCAACUGAAGCAGAAAUCCUAACAGCAGCAGAACUGGCCAAUGCCCAUAGUUUUAUCAGUGGUUUACAACAGGGUUAUGAUACAGUGGCGGGAGAGAGGGGAAUCCAAAUAUCCGGGGGGCAAAAGCAAAGGGUAGCCAUUGCACGUGCUAUAAUUAAAAGUCCUAAGAUAUUGCUGCUAGAUGAAGCCACAAGUGCACUAGAUGCCGAGUCAGAGAGGGUUGUUCAAGAUGCAUUAGACAGAGUGAUGGUGAGCAGGACCACUGUGGUUGUGGCACAUCGUCUAUCUACAAUAAAAAAUGCAGAUGUGAUUGCAGUAGUAAAAAAUGGAGUUAUAGUGGAGAAAGGAAGGCAUGAGACGCUCAUUAACGUUAAGGAUGGAUUUUAUGCUUCCUUAGUCCAACUUCACGCAAGUGCUUCAGCAAUAUGA